GGCCAGUUCUUCUCCUCCGUUUUGAACGCCUGUGGGAAAUCUGUACCGGUAAUGGAGUAGGAAAAUCAACGGCAAUGGAUUUCAAAAUGGUUGUCUUAGUGCUUUGCUCCGUAUUUAUAGGAUGUUUUGUGCGAGAUAGCCAUCAAUCAGAUCCCUCACGUCUAAGGUUUGGAUCGAAGACGCCUUAUCAAAGGAGAGAGAUUGCUUUCGAAGGACCGAAAAAUUGCGAACCACUUCACAUCAGCAUGGUGCUAAGACAUGGGACACGAUUUCCCAGCAAAAAAGAUGUUGGAAAAAUUGACAAAAUGCUCAAAGUGGUAAAUGAAGCCUUCAAUUCCAGUACCCAUAUGCAAAAGCGGAUUGGGGAUUUGCACUUUCCUUGGAAAAAUCCUUUUUCACACUUCCAUGACAAACUACUGGCCACUUCUGGGGAACAAGAAAUGUACUACAUCGCCAAAGAAAUGCUUAAACGUUUUCCCAGUUUAUUAUCGCUUCCUUAUCAUCCGAAAGACUUUGAUUUUAUCAGCACGGGAACUUCUCGGACGACACAAAGUGCAAUGGCCUUUGCUUAUGGUCUGUUUGAAGGACGCGGACGGUUGGGCACAGGCCUAUUCCAACCUGUGGCGGUUCAGUCCAGAGACGUCAACAACGAUCCCGUGCUCCGCUUUUUUGAUCUUUGCCCAAAGUACGUAACUGAAGUAGCAGAAAACAAAACUGCGUUUCUUGAAUUCAAGACGUUUAAACAUGGUGAAGAAAUGAAAACUGUUCUUCAAAAAGUAUUGAGCAAAAUGGGCAUUCCUUCAGGUGUUAUUUCAGAAGAGAGCUUAGUUGGCAUGUAUGUGGCUUGCAUCUUUGAGGUCGCUAUCUAUGGCAGGGAAAAUACUUGGUGUCAACUCUUUGAUGAUGAAGAUUUGUUAGUUCUAGAAUACCUGUUUGACUUAAAGCACUAUUGGAAAAGAGGAUAUGGAUAUCCAAUCAGCUAUAAGAUUGGUUGUCCUCUGUUACAAAACAUAAUCAGCUCCCUGAAAAAUGCAACAGACCCUACAUCAGAGGAGAAAAAGUAUGGUACUUUUAUGUUUGCUCAUGCAGAGACAUUGCAACCACUAUACGCACUGCUUGGGUUAUUCAAAGACCAUGAAGAUCUGAGAGCUGGUAACUUCCUCAAACAGCUUGAGCGCAAAUACCGUACUAGUUACAUUGUGCCUUUUGGAGCCAACAUUGCAUUUGUAAUGUACAAAUGCUCUGAAAGAGAUACCAAUUCAUCUAAGGAAUCAGAAGGCCUCAAUCCUUGGCCAUUUAUUGUUCAAGUGUUUGUCAAUGAGGAGUUGAUUGGCCUGCCUUGUUGUGAUGAACUAACAGAAUGUCCCUUAGAAACAUUUUUGCAGUGUUUUGACAGUAAGCCAAACAUCUCUUGUAAUCUAUCAUCUUUAUGCAGUUUGGAAAGUGGUAGCCCUGAAAAAUCUCGUACGGAAUUGUAGGUAAAAGUAAUGAGAAAUUGUUAAAAGGACUGGGCUGGAACAUGGGAUGCGAAGACAAGGACACUUUUCCUUUACAUACACAGUGGUGAUCAGGUUAAAUGGUCCAGGUUUGAGCCCUGGCCCUGGGAACGCCCACAGUCCUACCAGGAGUAUAAACAGAUAGAGGCCAAUUGUAUAAGAACCCUAACAAAUUGCUGCUGUGGUUCGCAGAGGUAACCUGUGAUUGUCUAGUAUCCAAUGCAAGACUAACAGCAAUUCUACUACCUUCACAUUACAGAGUCCACAGCACUUAUGAGACCUUGGCACUCCCAGAGCACUUUGUC